CGGAAGCGUCACCCUUAUUUUUUUUAGUGCCGCACAUCAGGCCCCUCCCGGCUGAUCCAAGCUCCCCCCCUAAGCCCAAGCUUGGUGGCACCUCCUCAUUCCUUGCCCCCGUCCGAUAACCACAACACAACAUCAUCGAUUCCUCUCCCCCGACGCGAAACAUCCACGGCGAAAAACACUGGCCAAGAUGGCGGGCAAAAUGGUUCUAUACAAACUGGUGGUGCUUGGAGACGGUGGCGUAGGGAAGACGGCCCUCACAAUCCAGCUCUGCUUGCAGCAUUUCGUUGAGACAUACGACCCGACCAUUGAGGACUCGUAUCGGAAGCAGGCCGUCAUAGACAACCAGGCGUGCAUGCUCGAGGUUCUCGACACGGCAGGGCAAGAAGAGUACACGGCUCUACGAGACCAAUGGAUCCGGGACGGCGAGGGCUUCAUCCUAGUCUAUAGCAUUUCGUCCCGGUCAUCCUUCACACGCAUCAAGAGAUUUCAUCACCAGAUCCAGAGGGUAAAAGAAUCGACAGCCUCGUCACCCUCAUACCCAGGGUCGCCGAUCUCGGCUGCCAAUCCGUCGGCACCAGUACCCAUUAUGCUCGUGGGCAACAAAAGCGAUCGCAUUGCCGAGCGGGAGGUUUCCACGCAGGAAGGACACGCCUUAGCGCGCGAACUAGGCUGCGAGUUCGUCGAGGCUUCGGCAAAGAAUUACAUCAACGUCGACAAGGCCUUCUAUGACGUCGUGAGGAUCCUGAGGAGACAACGACAAGCCGCUGCUCAACCAAUCUCGCCCACUGGCAGUGGCAAGUAUGAGUCGAGGAGGACGGAUUCCAGCGUUCAAUCGGAGAAGAGCCGGUAUCGACGCGAGCGCGGCAGCCGCAGAGGGUGCACCAUACUAUGAACAAGGAGCCAACCUCUCUCGCCCGUCCCGCUCUGUUCACGGCCCAUCCUCUCUUGCGGCUCGUGGCGACAAUUUGCCCGGAGAAGAGAAUCCGGGCCGUCUGUCGGGCGAUGAUCGCACAACCAUCUCGAACCAAAAUGCACAGUGGCAAUCUUUUUACACCUUAUUACGCCUUUCGCCACUCCGGUCUCUUCCGAAUUUUUUAACUCAUAUCCCACCAUUUUCUUUUCUUUUCUUGGACCAGAAAGAUACCGA